UGGGGAAAUGGACUCUUGGACAUGGAUUAUCGUGAUAUUAAAAAAUUAAAGGUUAUAGAAAAUAUAACUAUGGAACAGAAAACUACACUUUCAAUUUAACUUUCUCACUUUCAAAUUCAAUUCCCCCUGUUAACCAGUACAGAGGUUCCAUUCUGAAGCUCUCAGCCAUGUUAGCACGGCAGCUGCCUCCCAUCACCCUGCUGUGUUGUCCACAACAUCACUGAGCCACAAGAGCCCUACGAUUAAAAUCUAUUCUAUGACCUAACUCUGUUUUCUUGCCAGUGCCACCUUGUUGAUUUUUUUGUCAGGCUUUGCAGACAAAGCAAGAUUGAACUUUGACCUCAAAUACGCUGACUUCCAACACAUACUGUAUGUCCAAUGGCAUUCUGGCACUGACAGGAGGCAGCAGUUGUGACAGUGCCAGUUUUGUUGCAGACAGGAAGCGGAAAAUGUUAUUUUUGUUCAUCUUUGAAGUCCCAGAGGAACUCUAAUGUACUUUGUUGGUUAUGCUUUACAUAGUGGGCUUUAUUCUCUCCUGCACCUCACAUUAUAACCAGUGUGUGGGUUGUGGAUUAUACAAUAGCCUCAGACAUCUUUGAUAUGGAGACCACGGAAAUGUGUAAUAAGAUUUGUAGCGUAUUCAGAAAGCUUCAUCACUGCGGACAAACACAUGACUGUACUAUAGCAGAUGAACUGAAUUAAAACUCCAAAUCCAAACCUGAACUCAUAUAAAGAGCUGAAUAGAUCCACCAUUUUCUACAAAGCUCAGCAUCUAACUUUACCCACCCAUGACACUAUAGAAAAGGAAUGAAGCUUGCUGAUUGGAUGUUUCCUCAGCUGAGGUCUCUUGUUCUAACAAAAAAAUAUCUUGAACCUUUGAGUACAAGAUAAGUUUCAUGGCCAUCCAAAUAAAGGAAAUGCUCCAACAUCUUUACUUUUAGAACCCAGGCUAUCCAAUUUAACCCUACUAACUUCAUCAUUCUAGUGUAAAUAUACAGUAAAGCAAGGUGUGCGGUUAUAUCAGAAUAAUUGAUCAUGUGGAGGCACUCUUUAUAAUUCACUACAUUCUAUUUUAGAAAGCCUCUGAGUGUAUUAUCAUUCUUAUACCAUGGGAAAAACAAAGCUAGUCAAAGUUAAAACCACCAGUCGUUUGAACUCGUAUUUAGUUUAUGCCACUGACAAGCACAUUAUCUGGCUGUGGUAUAGAUUCAGUCCUUUCACUGAAGUAUAGUAUGGAAGUCAAAAUUACAUUCAGUGCAGUUUAUGUUAUCUUUACAAGUAGAGUGAGAUGAAGCUACACCACCCAAAACAAUUAAACUGUUAGGUCAGAUACUGUGGAGAUAAAAACAGCAUAACCACCACAUUAUUGCAUGAUGAGUGUUCAAUGUACAUGCUGUUCACAUCCUUCAUCACAUCAUGUUUUCUCUCGAUAACUGUUCUGUCAGUGACAGAGAUGCAACUCAUUCACUACUGUACAUACCACAAAACAUCGUGAUGAAAGCACUCUUGGGGAUAUCAAAAAUGCUUUAAGAAAAUGUAGCAAUCCUGGAAUUACAGUGUAACUAGGGCUGGGUAAAACAUGUUUAAUGUUGGACAUGGACUUCUCCUCGACACAAUUAUGAUUUAAGUCAGCCAAAAUCUGACCUUAAUUGACAGCUUUCUAUACUCAAUGCUACAAACACUGAGAGAUGUUCAUAUGUAUUAAUGAUACCCAGCCCUAAUUAUAACGAGUUGAUAUUUCAUGCUUGUAUUUUUAAUAUGACCAUGAGAUUGUCCCAGUGGUUUAGGCUGAGGCUAUAGACUGGACUAAGGAUCACUUUUGAGGCAACAGCUAUAUCCAAAAUUUAGAAUGUAGGGCGGUUAGUCACCCCUGCCAAAAAACUGGAGGACACCAUUCGCCUGGCCGAGCUGGUGAUUGAGGUGCUUCAGCAGAAUGAGGAACACCAUGCUGAGGGAAAAGAGCCAUGUGUCAUUUAUUCUACCAAGUCCAGCCUUCGCGUGGUGGUCAGACCUGAUGGUGGAACAUGCUGAGACCUUCCUGUGUCUCUACUCGGCUGACAUGGACGCGGCUCUUGAAGUUCAGCCACCCGACAGCUGGGACAGUUUCCCCCUCUUCCAGCUGCUCAACGACUUCCUGAGAAUAGACUAUAACCUGUGCAAUGGGAAGUUCCACAAACACCUGCAGGAUCUGUACGCCCCCCUGGUGGUGCGAUAUGUGGACCUGAUGGAGUCCUCCAUCGCUCAGUCCAUUCACAGAGGCUUUGAAAGGGAAUCCUGGGAGCCUGUUAAUAACGGCUCUGGGACUUCAGAGGAUCUCUUCUGGAAGCUGGAUGCUUUGCAGACUUUCAUCAGAGAUCUCCACUGGCCAGAGGAGGAAUUUGGCAAACACCUGGAGACCCGACUGAAGCUGAUGUCCAGUGACAUGAUCGAAUCCUGUGUAAAACGGACACGGGCAGCAUUCGAGGCCAAACUUCAGAAGAGCAGUCGUGCCACAGACUUCCGUGUGCCACAGUCCAUCUGCACCAUGUUCAACGUCAUGGUGGAUGCCAAGGCCCAGUCUGCCAAGCUGUGUGCCAUGGACCUGGGGCAGGAGAGACAAUACCACUCCCAAAUUGACAAUCUAAUUGAAGAAACGGUGAAGGAGAUGAUAACUCUGCUGGUAGCUAAGUUUGUGGUCAUUUUGGAGAAUGUACUAGCCAAGCUCUCCAGAUAUGAUGAGGGAACACUCUUCUCUUCCUUUCUAUCUUUCACAGUGAAAGCUGCCUCAAAGUACGUGGAUGUACCUAAGCCCGGGAUGGACGUUGCUGAUGGUUAUGUGACGUUUGUUCGUCAUUCCCAGGACAUGCUGCGGGAGAAGGUCAACGAGGAAGUGUACAUAGAGAGAUUAUUUGACCAAUGGUACACCAGCACUAUGAACCUUUUAGGAACAUGGCUGACGGACCGAAUGGACCUGCAGCUCCACGUUUAUCAGCUGAAGAUUCUCAUCAGGAUUGUCAAGAAAAAGUACCGUGACUUCCGCCUUCAAGGGGUUCUGGACUCCACAUUGAACAGUAAGAUGUAUGAAACCGUGAGAAACCGGCUGACCUUGGAAGAAGCUACUGCGUCAGUGAGGGAAGGAGGGAUGCAAGGCAUUUCCAUGAAGGACAGUGAUGAAGAGGACAAUGAUAACUAGAUCAAAAGGCAUAAAAACUAAAAGUGUCAAAGCUUUUCAAAGGGUGAGCGGUGUACUGCCUGAAAACUCAUGCAGCCUUUCUGUGAAGUCAGAACAGAUCGGCCUAUCAUCCAACAUGUUCCCUCCAUUAUUUGCCUUGUUGAUUUUUCAUUCCUGUGGUAGUUCAACAUUUGUGUCUGAAUUACAAGUAAUACGAGAAGAAUGUUUUCUGUGUCUGUAAACACUUGUAUGACACAAGUCUGUCAUAUCAAUGCUCUGGAUUUUGAAAUUCCACAUGUAGGCUCAUUGAGCUUUAAUUCCUCAAAACUUAAUUUCAUAACAGUGAAGUAUAGGUUGGAACCAUAAAAUCAGUCGAUUACUAAUGUAAAAUAUGAGCAAAUGAAUAUCCAAACACUUACCAUAUAAACAAGAUUAUAAAGAAAGGCAGGAAAUUGCAUCUCUAUGGAGUAAAUCUUUGAAGGCAUGAAAAUUAUUAUAUUGUUAUUAUGAUGUCAUAUUGUGCAACCCAAAAUGUCUACAGUCUUUGUACUGAAGCUUUCUUGUUGCUUGUCACUAAGAUUUCUGCAUAAAGUAUAGAGCACUGUUGUGCUGGAAAAGAAGUCAGACACACAAGUUGUCGUGGCCACUGUACUCCAUUUCCAAGUCAAAUAGUAAAAUUCAUACAGAUGCUUUUCUUUUUUUUUUUCAGCUCACCAACAAAUGCAUGAUCAACUUUUCACUGUUGAGAUCUAAAAGACACCACAACUGAUGCUUUCUUGUUGGUUUAAGGUCAGACUGUCCAGUCCAAAACAACAGAGUUCAAACUAAAACAUGCAGGAAAUAUUUUCAAAAUGACUCCUGAAUGUUCCCAAGCAAUAUGGAUGAUCAUUUUUGUUCCUACGUUUAUGAACAAAUCUAUGAAUUUCUUUGUGUUGUACUAAAAAUGUGCAGUGAAUGCAGCUACUCUGUGUUGCAUUGUUGUACCUUUUUUGUUUGUAUUGGGUUUGCAUCAUGUUCCAGUGUGCAGUGAUAUGAUGUGACAGUAGCGUUUUUUGUCUGUUCUCCCUUUAAAACUGCCCGAUGCCUGAUGUUUCCCCGACAGUCGCAACACAGCAAACAAAAACCAAGGCAUCAUCAACCAACUCAUUAUCGAUGUCACCUCAUGGAAUCGUUUGGCACAAAUGCUGUGUGUCACGUUGGUACACGGUUUGCUUUGGUUCAAAUACUUACUGUCACAUUAGCCGGAACAAGGUUUGUGUGCAUGGAGCACAAACCCAUUGCAUCAUACAGGUGUUUGUGUUAUUCAGCCUACCCUCACUGAUAUGAAUAGGUUGGACAAAAUAAUAGAAACAUCUGUCAGCAUAACACAACAUAAGGACCACAGAUUUGAUUUAUUCAUGUUGUUUGUAAAGGGAUCAUUGACAAUAAUACAUACAUGUUGUCAUUUGAUAAGAGCUAGCUUGAAUUUCAUUUUCAUCUGCAGUCCCUUCAUUUAUUAUAUGACUGGUGGAUUAGUCUGCAUUCAUUUUAGCUACUACCUAAUUAACUGGUUACGGGUGAGUGUGUUUUAAUUAACAAUAUUAACAAACCAAUGCCCUGACAGCAGCCUGCUGAGGCUGCAGUGUUCAAUACAUCUUGUAGCAAAGUGUUGGGCAGAACAAUUUAGCAGUUGUUAGAACCUUACCAGUAGCAGACUGAGCUGUUUAGAUUAGUCCUGGGUGUGGUGCUAAUAAAAAGGCCAGAGGUCAAUAAAAUCAAAUCAAAAAUUAUCCUCUGGAGAGCUGAAGGGUUCUGCAGAUGGAUGGAUGAAGUGACUCGCUGACCCUACCAUUCCCAGGAUGGGCCUUAGCAGUUCAGAACCGUAUUUAUUCAACAAAACAUGAGUUUAAUUAACCUAAACAUGUUGAUAACAUCAUGUCAUAAUCACACAGGAAUCUGUGUGAUUAUGACAUGAUGAAAUAAGAACACAUACGUUCUUCUAACAAAGUGAUCCUGUGUCCAGCUGCCAGUUGAAAUAAACUCCAUCUGCCCGUGGUCUUUUCAAACGCCUCGGACAUUUUCCUCUUUAUUAUAGUUAACUGAUGACUUAGCAAGGCAAUACACAGAGUUUGGUUUUAUCACAGACCUGUUUUCAACUUUUUCCCUUUUUUCCUCAUUUUUGAUUUGAAAGCAAAUAUUCUAUCUUAGACAAAUAUUUAAAUAAUAGAGUUUAUUUGUCAUCCAUAAUAUUUGUUCUUGUACGUGCCCUGUGCUUCAUUCAUGUAUGGGGCAAAUCCACAUUUUUAUAAUGGAUGAUGGGAAGUGAAGUCUGCCUGUACUUUCCCUCUGUCAACUGUUUUCUAUACUGUAGAGCUGUGUGUCACCCUGUGAGCAAGUACUGCAUGUCCCCAGUAUUCACUCCCAAAGUGUUUUUGCUCUGUGUGUGAAGUUACCGGUGGGUUCAUCAUGCUUCUGCCCUGUAGAAGAACCCACCAAGGCCAAGAACAUUUAAAUAAAGGUGAAUGGCAA